AUGAAAUUCGGUAAUGAAAUCAUCAGAUCACAUGAUGAACUUCUUGAUCAAAUAGAAAAAUUAGAACAAUCAAAUUAUUCAUCAUUGGAUCUUUUUGAUCAAAUUGAACAAUGGAAGAAAACAACAAUCAACAAAGUAGAAGAAGCAGCAGAAAAAGCUCGUCAUAAACUUAUUAAAUUAGUCGAACAACAAAGAGUAACAACAAAACAACAACUUGAACCAAUUACAAAAGAAAUUCGUUGUCGUCAAGAAGAAGAAAAUUUUCCUGAAAAUGACAUUGAUCAUCUUAAACAAAAGAUCAAUGAGGUAAAACAAAAAUUUGAAGAAUUUUUUCAAAAACAUAUAAAAGAAUCAAUCAUUAUUGAUAAUGAUAAUCAAAUUGAUUGGGAUCGAUUCAUCUAUAUCCAUGAAGAACAACAAAAGUUACCUUUACUGCGCAGUGCAAAUCUGAAUGCCAAUGCAAAAUGGAUACAUGAUGGUGUUACUGUAGCUGGGGGACAUGGAGAAGGUAGUGAAAUGAAUCAACUUCGUAACCCAUGGGAUUUGUAUGUUGAUGAUGAACAAACUAUCUAUAUUGCUGAGUUCAAAAAUCAUCGUAUUGUUGAAUGGAAAUGUGGUUCAACAACUGGUCAAAUUGUAGCUGGUGGAAAUGGCGAAGGAAACCAUUCUGAUCAGUUGUGCGGUCCGACGAGUGUGAUUGUCGAUAAACAAAGAGAUAGUCUCAUCAUUUCUGAUUAUCGUAACAAAAGGGUAGUUCGAUGGCCUCGUCAAAAUGGUACAAAUGGAGAAACAAUCAUCUCAAAUAUUGGAUGUUUGGGCUUGACUAUGGACGAUGAUGGCUUUCUCUAUAUUGCUGAUUACGAAAAAGGUGAAGUUAGACGAUAUCGAAUGGGAGAAAAUCAAGGAAUAAUUGUUGCAGGUGGACGUGGACAAGGGCAUGGCCUGAAUCAGUUGUCUAAUCCAAGAUACGUAGCCGUCGAUCGAGAUCAUUCAGUGUACGUAUCAGAUUAUCACAAUCAUCGCGUGAUGAAGUGGAUGAAAGGUGCGAACGAAGGCAUUGUUGUAGCUGGUGGUCACGGUGAAGGAAAUAGUCUUACACAAUUAUCGAAUCCCUGUGGAAUAGUCGUGGAUCAAUCAGGUACCGUCUAUGUGGCUGACUGCUCGAAUCAUCGAAUAAUGCGUUGGUCUCCAGGAGAUACACAAGGAAGUGUUUUCGUUGGUGGAAAUGAUCGAGGAAGUCAAUUGAAUCAACUGUCUAAUCCAAUUGGUUUGUCAUUUGAUCGAGAUGGUAAUCUCUACGUGAGUGAUCAACAAAAUCAUCGAGUACAAAAGUUCAACAUUGAUCGAAGUUGA